UGCAACGUANNGUACCCGGCGACCCAUGUGGGACACCUGAGUGCUGGUCAAGAAAAGGCAUUACUCGCUUUCAAGGAGCUAUGUCAGGAGAAGGGAUACUACAACCCGACAGGAGGUCCCAAUGGACUUCCCAGNCGGUAUUUGCGUGCUCGCAAGUUUGUUCCCGGCGAAGCGUUUGGCCAAUUCAAGGACACAGAGGACUGGCGCAAGGAGAAUCAGCUCGAGAAGCUCUACGACACCAUCGAUGUUGGCGAGUACGAGCAGACUCGUGUUUUGGACCGCCGCGGUAUUCCUGUAUACAUCUUCGAAGUCGCCCACUUGAACAGCAAGGCCGUCUCGGCCUACGAAGCCNNCUCAACCUCGUCUAAGAACCAAUCCGUGCAGUCUAAGAUUCCUGCUAAGAUGCUCCGCCUGUUCGCUCUAUAUGAGAACCUCACAAACUUCGUGCUGCCUCUCUGCUCGGAAAUGCCAAACCGCCCCUUCCCAGAGACACCCGUAUCACAAUCGAGCAACAUUGUUGACAUCUCCAACGUUGGAUUGAGACAGUUCUGGAAUUUGAAGAACCACAUGCAAGAUGCCAGUCAGCUGGCUACUGCACACUACCCUGAAACUCUGGACAGAAUCUUCAUUAUUGGAGCACCUUCAUUCUUCCCUACCGUCUGGAGCUGGAUCAAGAAGUGGUUUGACCCCAUCACUGUCUCCAAAAUCUUCAUUCUUUCCAAGCAGGAAAUGUACCCAACACUUUCUAAGUACAUUGAUCCGGAAAACAUUCCCGAACAAUAUGGCGGCAAGUUGAAGUACAAGUUUGGAGAGCUGCCCAAUAUUGACCCAGACCUACACAAUGUGCUUCAGUGGACUGCACCGCAUAAGCUCAAUGGCAUGGACACAAUUCCUAGCGGACCCAUCAGAUGGGUGACUGAGCCAAACGGCGACAAAAUCGCCGUCGCAGUAGGCACAGAGAACGGCAAGCCUCGCGACCGCAAGGUCGCCAUCGUCAAGGCCUCUCAGCAACCUUCAGCUGCCGCUCCAGCCGCAAGCGAAAAGGCCAGACAAGACGCAGACCUCUACAGAACCACCAGCGGCCUCAACACACACCCUCCAAGCCCACCUGCAGGCCAAGAAACCCUGCCUCCUCCUUCCUACGACGGCACUCCCUCAUCCGCAACCCCCGCAACGACUCUCCCCGUGCGCGAACACCACCAAGUCUCUUCCACGCAGACAUCUGCAAACCAGCCCAGCACAGACAGAACAGGCACUUCAGGUACGAGCUACAUAGCGCAAGCGCACACGCACGCCCACGGCACCCUCGCCAACGGCACCCCCGAAACGCGCCAAGGCACUUUCGGCGACACCUAUGGCGUAAACGAACCUAACACGAUCGGACAGGCGCCUAAGGAACAUCCCAUGCCCGAGCCCGAGGUGAUGCAACCUACUUAUGUCGAUCAGGCUAAGGAGGUUGCCGGUCAAGCGUAUAGCACUGCUGCCAAUGUUGGUGCUAGCGCGUUGGCUGCUGUGGGCUAUGGCACCAAGGAAGAAAACAAGGAAGCAGUUGAAGAGCAGGCUCCUCAAAAGCCAGAAGAUCCUAGAGUGGACGCUACGGGUGAUAGAAAUGUAGAGGAGUAUCUUCGCAGCAAGUAUGUGAGUCCUCCUGCUGCAAAAGUCAGUGGAUUGAAAAAA